UAGAAAAAUGUUUAGCGCAGAAAACAGAGUCACUCUAUGGCGAAGAGUUUCUCCUCAAUACACAAUUUCUCUUCUUCUGCAGUUUUCACCUGUUUACAAAUUAAUUUUAUAAUUUCUUUAAAACAACACAUUACCAGUGUCUGAUGUAAGGAUGGGCAACUCUUUACUCCGUGUGCAGGGGUUGCUAUGUCUCAGUUCACUGGUCUGUUGUGAGCACACUGAAGAUAAACCAGAGCUUGUCCUGAUUGUGUCUCCAUCAUGGCUGAGUCCUGGUGCUUCAGUAACUCUGAGAUGUGAGGUUAAACCUCCAUCUGCUGGAUGGGCGUUCUACUGGUAUAAAGCUGUUCCUGAUAUAUCACAGAGAAACUACAGAUAUGAGCUGCUGCCUGAUAGCAUCAGAGGGACUGUAGAGGACUUUUACAUCAUUCACGGACAGAGAAACACAGCAGGAUAUGCAUGUAGAGCUGGAAGAGGAAACCAAGAGUAUUUAACUGAUUACAGUGAACAAAAGAUUGUCUGGUCUCAAGACUCUCAGCCAGCAACAUCUCUCAGAGUGAGUCCUAACAGAGAGAAACAUUUCACCUCAGAUAAUGUCCAACUGUACUGUGAAGGAAAAUCUGCUUCAUGGAGAGUAAAGAGGUUCACAAAUUCCUGGUCGGACUCAACGGACUGCUCUGACUGGGGGACCCUGAGUGAAUCCUCAUGUACCAUCAACAGUUCCUGGUCCCAUCUAUCGGUGUACUGGUGUGAGUCUGGAUCAGGAGAGUUCAGCAAUGCAGUCAACAUCACUAUACACGCACCAAAGCCUCUCCUGACUGUGUCUCCAUCAUGGCUGAGUCCUGGGGCCUCAGUAACUCUGAUCUGUGAGGUUGAACAUCCUUCUGCAGAAUGGCGGUUCUACUGGUAUAAAGCUGUUCCUGAUCCAUCUUACUUGAACUACAAAUUCAAGCUGCUGCCUGGCAGUCGCGAAGGGACUGUAAAUGACACAUACGUCAUUCGUGGGACGACACACACAGUAGGAUAUGCAUGUAGAACUGAAAGACGAAAUCCAGAGUAUCCCACUGAUUACAGUGAACCAAAGUAUGUCUGGUCUGCAGGCUCUUAUCCAACAGUGUCUUUUACAGUGAGUCCUGACAGAGAGCAACACUCCCCUUCUGUGUCUGUAACACUGAGCUGUGGCACAAAUUCUGCGGAGUGGAGAGUGAUGAAGUUUUCAGAAAAAGGCUACAUUGCAAACAUAGAAAACUGCCCUGGCUUGUGGACUACAACUGGAUCCUCGUGUACUUUUAGCACUCAUCUCCGGCACCAAAGUGGAGUGUAUUGGUGUGAGUCUGGAUCAGGAGAGUUCAGCAAUGCAGUCAACAUUAGUGUGCACAAUAGAGAUCUUCUCCUGGUGAGCCCUGUCCAUCCUGUGACUGAGGGAACUUCUGUUAUUCUGAUCUGCAAACAGAGAGGAGAAAAUACACUUUCAAAUGUGAUUUUCUACAACAAUGAAAAACUGGUACAAAAUGACAGCAGAGGGGAGCUGAACAUCUCUGCAGUGUCUCAGUCAGAUGAAGGUUUCUACAAGUGUGAACAUUCAGGAAAGGUUUCACCACAGAGCUGGAUGGCAGUUCAAGGUAAUAGAUUGUAUUCAUCACCUAAAACAGCUGCAUCCAGACCUGAAAGCUCAUUAUUUAUUGUGCUGUUGGUCACUGGAUCAGUGGGUGGAGUCAUCCUUAUUAUUUUCCUUCUUCUACUGUGUCACUUCAGACAGUCCAAGGAGCAACCAGUCAGCAAAGACCAGCAUCAGGAUCAGCAGCAAAUAUACUCCUCUCUUUUGCAUGGAGAUCUUUGUGUCUAUGAAACAAUCAGAGGGUCUGCAAACUCUGGAAAAGGACAACAUGAUGAUUCAGAAAAUUUCCCUGACUCUGUUGGCAUGACUUCAUCAUAGCACAGACGGAGAACUUCUUCUUUACCAUCAUAAGAAAAUCUCAACUGAAAAACUCGAAUUAAUGUCUGGCAACAUUGGGUGAAUUUUUUGGUUUGUUUGGUCAUUUAUUGAUUAGAUUAGACUUACUAUACCUGUACUAUUUAUUUGCUAUAUUUAGUCCACCCAAUUUAUGAAGAAUGCCAUACAGUGUCCUUGAAACAAUUAUGUAUCCAUAGUUACCAGUGUUAUGACUCAGUUAACCCUUAAUUUGCUAUUAACUUUUAAACACAUUAACAUAACAUAGUCCAUAGCAAUUAUACCAGUAUAAGUCUGAAUUCAAAAUUAUCAUUGUCUUUUUGAUCUUAAAGUGCUCAUUGUACUGUGCCUUGGGAAAAAAGUCAAUAUGGAGAAAUGCAGCAGUAGAUAGAGCUCAAAAACAGUGGGAAUACAAGCUGUAUUUAGGUGGAAAAAUGAGCAAAUUCAGAAAAUAGGAAAGCAGUAUGUAGCUCCCUCUCUGGCAGCUUAGCUUUGUCUCUUGUGCCUCCAGAACUAAUUGUGCAUCUAAAUUAUUUUAAACCAUUAAAUUGUAUCUUUGAUUAAAACUGUUCAUGACCUGAAAUCCACAAUUUACCAUUGUGAUAUGGUUUGCACAGGCCUUGAAUACUGCAUUAUUGAACCUAUUUUAGAGGUGCCUAAUCUGGCUACCUUAAUAAUAAGUAAUUACAGGCCUACAUCUAACCAAACAUUUUUGGCAAAGAUAAAUAAAAGAGCGGUCCGUCAAUAAUUGUACUCAUUUUUGAUUGAAACAAUCUCUUUAAUGCUUUCAGUUAGGUUUUCAAUCAAACCACAGCCCUGAGACUGUUUUGUUAAAGGUUUCAAGUGACGUACAUUAAAUGUCUCUGUCUUUGGUUUUACUGGAUUUCAGUGUUGCAUUGGAUACAUUUGAUAAUAACAUCCUGACUGAUUAGAUAUUUGAUUAUUAUUUAAGAACUGCAACAUAUGUUACAAUAUUUAGGGUGAUGACAAAACUUUCUAGAACCCCUGCCAUAGACCAUUGAUGAUGGACUAUGAAGCACUGACUGCUCUUAGGCCUAAAAACAUUUCAGAGCUGCUGGUAAGGUAUAAACCAUGUACAUCCCUCAGCUCACCCAGUGCUUGCAGGAAAAAAUGAAACAAGGGGUGGUGACCUUUGGCUUCUUUCCUCAGAUCUGAAACAAAUUACCUGAUGUGCAGAAAAUGUUGGCUCCUUUCAAACAGACCUAAAAGCAUUCCUGUUUACUGCAACUUUUUAAAAAGAUUGCUAUAUUUUUUCAUUUUUGUCAUGUCUUAGCUUUUCAUUAGUUUAAAUCUUCCGUUCUUUUGUUUUCAGUGAUGUUUGCAUUUUUAAUAUUGUUGUUUUAAUGUGUUUAGUGUUUUUAAUGUGUUUUAUCCCUACUCAUUUGUUUUUCUGCAAAGCACAUAUACUGUGUAUGAAAAGUGCUAGAAAAAUAAAGUUGCCUUGCCUAAAUGCCAGUGAA